CUCAGCCCAGCAGGCCCUCCAUGCCCCUCGGCCAGCUGGCCAGUCCUAUUCUCGGCCGAGUCCUCCGCAACGGGGUGCAGGGGCCCACUGAGAGGAGCUUCUUCCGGGGGCUGGCCGCGUUGGCUCCGCAGUCAUGGUUCGGAACGUGGACGACCUGGACUUCCACCUGCCCUCGCACGCCCAGGACAUGCUGGACGGGCUGCAGCGGCUGCGCUCUCAGCCCAAACUGGCCGACGUCACGCUGCUGGUGGGCGGCCGGGAGCUGCCUUGCCACCGCGGCCUCCUGGCGCUCAGCAGCCCCUACUUCCACGCCAUGUUCGCAGGCGACUUUGCCGAGAGCUUCGCGGCCCGCGUGGAGCUGUGGGACGUGGAGGCUGCCGUGGUGGGGCAGCUGGUGGACUUCGUGUACACGGGCCGGCUGACCAUCACCCAGGCCAACGUGGAGGCCCUGACACGCACGGCCGCGCGCCUCCACUUCCCCGCCGUGCAGAAGGUCUGCGGCCGGUACCUGCAGCAGCAGCUGGACGCCACCAACUGCCUGGGCAUCUGUGAGUUCGGGGAGCAGCAGGGGCUGCUGGGCGUGGUGGCCAAGGCCUGGGCCUUCCUACGGGAGAACUUUGAGGCGGUGGCACAGGAGGACGAGUUCCUGCAGCUGUCCCAAGACCGGCUGGCCACCUGUCUGGCCAGCGACCUGCUGCAGGUGCAGCCAGAACAAAGCCGGCUGGAGGCCCUGCUGCGCUGGGUGCGCCACGACCCACAGGCCCGGGCCGCCCACCUGCCCGAGCUGCUCAGCUUGGUGCGCCUGGACGCCGUGCCCAGGCCCUGCGUGCAGCAGCUGCUGGCCACAGAGCCACUCAUCCUGGAGUCGGAGGCGUGUCAAGCAGCCCUGUCCCAGGGCCAUGAUGGGGCACUGCCUGCCCUGCCCCAGCAGCUGGAGGAGGUCCUGGUGGUGGUGGGCGGCCGGGCCCUGGAGGAGGCUGAGGAGGGCGCCGAGGAGCCCGCCCCCCAUCUCGAGAACUUCGCUUUCUACAACACCAAAGCCAAGAGGUGGACGCCGCUCCCAGACUUCCCCGACUUCCACAAGUGGGGCUUCUCCCUGGCUGCGCUGAACAACAGCGUCUACGUCACAGGUGGCUCUCGGGGCACCAAGACAGACACCUGGUCAACCACCCAGGCCUGGUGCUUCCCCAUGAAGGAGGCAGCCUGGAGGCCGGUGGCGCCCAUGCUGAAGGCCCGCACAAACCACGCCAGCUCGGCGCUCAACGGGGAGAUCUACGUCAUCGGUGGCACCACCCUGGACGUAGUGGAGGUGGAGAGCUACGACCCCUACACAGACACCUGGACACCUGUCAGCCCGGCCCUGAAGUACGUCAGUAACUUCUCCGCGGCCAGCUGCCAGGGCCGGCUCUACCUGGUGGGCUCCAGCGCCUGCAAGUACAACGCACUGGCCCUGCAGUGCUACAACCCCGUCACAGAAGCCUGGAGUAUGAUCGCCUCGCCCUUCCUCCCCAAGUACCUGUCUUCGCCUCGCUGUGCGGCUCUGCAGGGGGCGCUCUACCUGGUCGGUGACAACACCAAGAAGGUCUACGUGUACGACCCCGGGGCCAACCUGUGGCAGAAGGUGCAGUCCCUGCAUAGCCUGCACGAGAAUGGCGCGCUGGUGCCGCUGGGUGAUGCACUGUACUUGACGGGGGGCCGCUGGCAGGGCAUGGAUGGUGACUACCAUGUGGAGAUGGAGGCCUACGACCCUAGGAGGGACGCCUGGAUCCGCCACGGCGCCCUGCCCCGCCUCUGGCUCUACCACUGCGCCUCCACCGUCUUCCUGGACGUCUCCAAGUGGACCCAGCCCUUCAGCCCCAUCCAGGAGCACUGAGCGGCUCCCCGGCACCCCCAGAGGCAGCCAGCUGACCCCCAUGGGAGCACCCCGUUUAGUUUUGCUUGUUUGUUCACUCAGCGGGGGCUGGACUCAGGGCACCAGGGACAUCAGAGGGACAUGGUUUUGGUCUCCGCGGCCACCACACCAACUCUGAGCUAACCCAUGGCCCCGGCUGGGACUCUGAUGCCCAAAGAGAAGGAGAAGCAGCUCCCUGGCCCACAGGGGUGUCUGAGACCUCAGAGGAAGGAGCAAGGGUCCGGGAAGCAUUGAGAACUCAAUGGGCUGGCCCUGGAGAGGAAGGUGCACAAACGAGGGGUGACACAGAGUGGCCCGGGCGCUGGAGCCGCUGGGGAGGGUGGGCAGCCUGGCCCCCAGCUGUGUGACCACGGCCAGCAGCUCCAGCUCCAGGGCCCACUGGCAGCUCAGGUGGCUGCUGGCUUGCCCCCCCAUCCACUUCUCGGCCUCUGCUUGUUGGCACCUGUUUCCCAAAGGCUGCUUCUGAGGACAAAGGAGGACCCCGCUCAGUUUUUCUGUGCUGCGCCCCUGGGAGGGCAGCACCUACUCAGGCACUGGAGGAAGGAGUCGUGUGCGGGGGACAGGAGAGGGGGUCCUCUACCUGCACAGGGGCUCCGGGGAGGUCAGCAAAGCCUUCUCAGGGGUGAGCAGGAGGGGUGCUCUCUGGCCAGGAUUUCUAUUUCUUGGGGUGGUUUGCAUCCAAAGGCUCUUCCUCAGAAUGGAAGUCCCCAGCAGGAGGCCAUGUGGGGUGGGAUGCAGGGAGUGGGGCCGGGGGCAGGGAUCCUGUGGGGACGUCUGGGGAGCCUCUCGGCACAUUUGUGGCCUGCUGCCUGCCAGCCUCCUGAGCAAGGCAGCGCCCGGCGGGCUCCUACUGCCAGCAAAUAGCAGAGCUCAGGUGGUCAGGUCCCUGCUCCCUCUUAUCCUGAAUGAGGCCUGUCACCAAGGGGACAGUGAAGGGCUCUCACUGGGUGCUGAGUAGCCCUCCAGCUUCGUUACUGGCUCUGUCAGGGUCACAGGCCUGCAGGUCUGGGUCCUGGGCCCAGCUUGCUCCAGCCCCAGACAGCCUAGCCGAGGCCCUGGUAGUUCCAGCAUCUCUCCCUCUGGCCUGGGGUUCCUCUCCAGGGCCAACCCAUGGGCUCCUCCUUGAACCCCACCGGGGACCAGAGGUGCCCCCAGCAUCCUGGUUCUGAGGGAGGGUCCCUGGGCCCCCAGCUUCAAGGAUCAGACCCACUUUGCUCCCAGACCUGACUUCUCAUGCCCAUUUCUUGCGGUGAAUGAGUUUGCCCUCAGGCCCCAGACACCAAGGGGCCUCCUGGGAGUCUGCUCCCAAAGGAACACCAGCCCCAGACCCAGGACCCCUAUUCAGCUGGCAGUGUGGGUGAAAAUGAGGGUGAAGGUUUCUGGGACCCUGGAAUCUCUCUGUAUGAAAAUUCUGUGAAACAUUUUCUAGUUAUUGAAGGUGCUCAGCCAAGCGCUGUUUCAAAACAAAGACUCAGAGGUCGAAAUGGACUUGCUUUGAUCACAAACGGGUCUGUGAAGGGCUGGUGUCCUGGAAUUGGACUUGCUUUCUGCUCCUGCACAUCCUCAGCAAUGGGGACAAUACCCGGGGUGGGAGCCCUCUUCUGAUUGGCUGAGCUGCCCUUAUUUGGGGGCUGGAUCAGACCAAUUAUGUCCUUCAGGGUCCCUGGGGGAAACAUGUGACGCCUCAAAUUGACCAAUGGGAGAGGGUUAAUGAAGGGCAAGAGCUGGAAAGCCUCCCAGGCUAGCGGAGCUGUCACCACCCUCUGCCCCAGGCACAAGGGCAGAGAGGGCUGCCAGGAGCUGGGCCUUUGCUAAAGGAACGCACCACUGCCCACUGCCACCUGCAGCCCAGCGGGAGGAAGAGGCAAAAUAGGGACCCAACCUCACUCUCAUGUUUGCCCCCCAGUCUCUCCAUAGCGCCUCCCCGACCAAACCCAACCAGAAUCAGAGGGAAGACAGGCCACUGACACUGUGCGUAGCGGCCAGCAGGCGGGGGAGGGUGGCCAGGGUGCCUCGGGCCGUGGAAGCUUUGUAACAUACCACCACACCCUCACAAGGUGCUCGUGUGACGGGACAGGUGUGAUUCACACAAGGAGCACCACAGAGCAGGCCAAGCCAUCCUCUUCCCGUAUCAAAGUCCUAGGGAUGCAAGGUUUGGGGCUACUGCGGACUUCCAGAAAGGCGGGUGGACAACCUUGGAACACGUGCAAAAGCCCACCAAAUUCUCAGGCCCACGAGGGUGAGGCGGGGAAACCACCUCCCCAGCACCAGGGUGCUCAUGUCCGCCAGGUGCGUGCGUGCUGUCUUUCCCACAGACAACGUUGGGUAAACUGAGGCACCACCACCCGCCCAGCAGACCCCAAUCUUCAGUGACCACACGAUGUCCUCCGUAGCCAGGCUCAGCAUAGCCUCCUUGGGCUCAGCUCCCUUAAGGUCCCAGUGAGUCAGGGCCUGGGGAUGUUUCCAACCACUUCCAUCUGACUUGGGUUUUCUAGGACAUCCCAGACAGGACCCUUUUACUGAGCACCUUCCCUGGACUAGGCAGGGACAGUGAUUGCUAGAAUCAGGCAGUUGACCCUCCCAUGAAAAUGUUUGUAAUUAAAUGAACUGGUCACAUGACAGUUCGCUGUAGUCAAUUUCAAGCACUGCUCCACUUGGUAGAUCAACCAGUUGGCCCAGUGGAAACUGACUACAACAGGUUCUUUUUAAAAAAAAUUCUUUUCAUUGAUUUCAGAGAGGAAUGAAGAGAGAGAGAGAGAGAGAAACAUCCAUGAUGAGAGAGAAUCACAUGCCGAAGC